ACAUCUCCCCCUUAGAGACACAGUGGGGCAGAUUGUGUUGGGGUGCACACGCCCACAUGACACUGGCCACACCCACACAGUACUGGCCACACCCACACCAGUCACAGUUACUCAGCUCUUCACAAUAAGACAUUGAUAAAUAUCAGCUCCAUGGCCUUUAAUCUGGCCCUGUAUUUAUAUGCUGUAGCUGGAUAUCCUCACAUGCUGUAGCUGGACACUUGGGUGACAUCAUAAAACUCUUAUUGCAUCACCAAGGCAGCAGUGGCACAUGAGGGCAGUAGUGCCAGCACAGGACACCCUAUGGUGCAGCGCUGGUAACCUGCACUGACUUCUUGGCUUUUACAUUUCCAUGUGGAUAGAUCAUGAACACAGGAGACAGAGGAUUCAAUAACAUUGGACCAGAGCUCCUCCGUGCCCCCAGAAUGGCUGGAGUCCUGUCAUGUGAAUACCUGGUGUAUGGCCGUGUACAAGCCACUCAUGAAGGGAAGUACAUCCCGCCCACUAACACGAAGGCUUAUACCUCCAAUGUGACUGAUCCCAUCAUCAUCUCUAAGGGAUGGCUUUGUAGUAACACCUCGGCUACUGCUGCCAUGAACUGGCUGCCUAGCAACAGUGAUGCCUAUGUUUCCGAUAAGCUGUUCCCCACUGUGGCGAAUGAACGGAUCCCAAUUAACACUGAAGCCUACGUGGCGAAUGAACAGAUCCCUAUUAACACUAAAGCCUACGUGGCGAAUGAACAGAUCCCUAUUAACACCGAAGCCUACGUGGCGAAUGAACAGAUCCCUAUUAACACUAAAGCCUAUGUGGCGAAUGAACGGAUCCCUAUUAACACUAAAGCCUAUGUGGCGAAUGAACAGAUCCCUAUUAACACUAAAGCCUACGUGGCGAAUGAACAGAUCCCAAUUAACACUGAAGCCUACGUGGCGAAUGAACAGAUCCCUAUUAACACUAAAGCCUACGUGGCGAAUGAACAGAUCCCUAUUAACACCGAAGCCUACGUGGCGAAUGAACAGAUCCCUAUUAACACCGAAGCCUAUGUGGCGAAUGAACGGAUCACUAUUAACACUAAAGCCUAUGUGGCGAAUGAACUGAUCCCUAUUAACACUAAAGCCUAUGUGGCGAAUGAACGGGUCCCCAUUAAUACUGAAGCCUACGUGGCGAAUGAACGGUUCCCCAUUGACACUGAAGCCUAUGUGGCGAAUGAACGAAUUCCGAUAAACACUGAAGCCUACGUGAUGAAUGAACAGUUCCCUAUUAACACUGAAGCCUACGUGGUGAAUGAACGGAUCCCUAUUAACACCGAAGCCUAUGCGGUGAAUGAACGGAUCCCUAUUAACACUGAAGCCUAUGUGGUGAAUGAACGGAUCCCUAUUAACACUAAAGCCUAUGCGGUGAAUGAACGGAUCCCUAUUAACACUGAAGCCUAUGUGGUGAAUGAACGGAUCCCUAUUAACACUAAAGCCUAUGCGGUGAAUGAACGGAUCCCUAUUAACACUGAAGCCUACGUGGUGAAUGAACGGAUCCCUAUAAGAACCAUGGCCUAUGUGGCCAAUGAGGAGUUCUCCAUCAGUACUGGAGCUUAUGUGUCCUCUCCACCCUUCCUGUGAACCUCACUUAAGAUCAUCAUGAAGAGCAGCCUGUCCAUCUACAGGGACCGGUGUGAUUAUUAGUGGCUUGUAUCAUCUGCUAUUUACAGGUUGUGAGUGCAGCACACAAAUAAACUCUGUUUUCCCUACAA